UAAAUAUAGCAAUUAUAGUAUUUUAAGUAUUUUUGUAUUAAACAAUAAUAUUGUUGUCAUAAAUUUGAAAACUAUAUAUUUUGAUAUCUCAACUAUGGAUGACAUAAUUGGACUUUCAUUGGAUGAACUCAUAGAAGAUCCGUCUCUUUUGUCAACCAAUAAACCGUAUUAUUUGUCUAAAGAUUAUAAUGAAGACAACAGCGGCUGUAGGUUUGCAAAGAAAGAUAUCGAUAAACAAGAAUCUAAUGAAAGACUGAAAGAAAGGGAUGAUCUGAUUGAGUCAUAUAAUAGUUUGAUUGAAAGAGAGAAACGAGAAGAGAGAGAAUCAGAUGACAGAAAAGGUAACAAACAUUUUGGUGUGAAUUCGGGUCAGAUAUUUGUGGCAAACAUAACGUGGAGACUAACAGAUCAUGAGUUACGCUCAGUGUUUGACGAGUUUGGACCUCUCAUUAGGGGUUAUGUUAACUAUAGAAGAGAUGGUCGAUCGGAGGGAACCGGGUUUGUAGUGUUUAAGCGCUAUGAGGACGCACAUAACGCGUGCCGCCAAUUGGAUGGUACGGAUUUGGACGGACGAUAUUUGCGACUACAUUUGUUUGACUCAUCGGGUCGUGUGAUCUCUGGCUGGUCACGAAAACGUAAGCAUACUUUUAAAGAUCCCGAUAUACAACCGGACACAUCUAACAUAAAAAUUGAUGAUCUCAUUGAUCUCAAACUCGAUGACUAUAUAAAACGUCGUAAAUAUGAUAAUACAUGGGAU